AUGCCAAAUGUGUUCGAUUUUGCGGACUCGUCAAACAUGUCUGAUUUGACCGUCUCUAUGCUGGCUGAUUUUCCGCAUUUCAACCAUGGGUUCCAUGAUCCCAAUGAGCGAUUGCCAACACCAUGCACAGGGGAUGAAGCUGACGAGGGAAACCGCCCGAUCUCCUCGAGCACGAGAAAGCCAAAAGUCGCAGGCGUACACUUUUUGAAAGAUGGGCUCCCGUCCACCAAGUCAGCAUCCCUACUUCCUGGUCUCUUUUUGAAGAAAGAUGCCUGCGAAAGUAGGUAUCAGGGACUGAAUUCUAUCGGCGCCACUCUAUCGUCUUGCCUUAUCUACGCCAAGAACCAUUCCCCCCAGCUUGGAGAAUUUAGCCUUUUACAGUAUCUCAUCAGAGGGAUUACCUACAUGGAUGAAGCCAACAUAUCCGUUCCCUUAAGGAUAGACCCUCAUGACCUUCCGGACCGGUCUUUUGUCGAGCACGGAGUCGAGUUAUUCUUCAGAAGCGUUUACCUGCGAUACCCCAUCGUCAGCCUGGAACUCAGACAUUCAUGGACCCAAUGGUAUGACGACUGUCCGAGCCCACCGGACCCUAUUCAAUUCAUGUGCAUCUGCAUCAUGGUUGCAAUUGGUGUAACGGCACAUCCCAGCGGUCCCACACAGGAGAUGCAAGAGAAGAUCUCCGCCCUGCACCAGCGGGCCUGGUCAAUGAUGAACUAUGUGUUAGCCCAUCCAUACACAGGAUCCGUCCAGGUCCUUCUUCUUCAUACGUUGUUCUUCACCCAGCAAGGCAAGCUGGGGAUUGCGUGGUCAACUUGCGGAACCGCACUACGCGUGGCAGAGUCUAUUGGCUUGCAUCGACAUACACCCAGUGAUCUGCAGCUAAGUGACGACCUUGUUAGACUCCGGGCUAGACUUUGGUGGGUUGCGUAUAGCCUCGACGCCUUCACAUCACUCUGUGAAGGUCGACCCACCGGCACAUCGUCUGAUAAAACAGACACACUGAUAGAGCCCUUAACAGCUCAGGAGUGCCCUGAUGACUGUGAACUGGCACCAGGACCCAUGAUCUACGUCUGGCAUGUCACGCUCGCUUGUCUUGUAAACCAAAUUGCGGACGUCAUCGGUCGUGAAAAAUGUGCAAAUGAGCGCUUGUAUUGCCUAGCAGAGUUGGAUAUCAAACUUAUUGCCUGGCGCGAUGCCAUUCCUCUGGAAUUCCGCCCGGAACAGGAGAAUCUGGCCCCUAUCCAACUACGCCAUCAUGUUUCGUGGUUGUAUAUGCAGUUCUUCAAUGUGCUGCGGACAUUACAUUGGACCUCAAUGUUGCUCAUUCACAUACGAGAUGAAACAUUCCCUGUCGAUAGAUAUCCUCGUCUCCAAUCGAGUGAGGCUAUUUGUGUUGCCUCUGCUCGAUCAUUGAUCCGGACAUCGAAUAGUCGGUCGGUUGCGUCUGACACGAGGGAGAUUCGAAUGCUUGGUGCACCAUCCGCAUACUUCCUGGCUGCAACAUCCACAAUCUUUAUGCAUAUCCUGAAAGAACCACAGCGUCUCUCUGCUACGGCAGAUGUUGAGUAUCUUCGGGCGGGAGUACAUCAUUUGACUUCUGAAUUCUUUGCGGCUCAGGUUGGGCAGGGGCGAGAGAUACUUAUGCAGAUGCUAGAGAUUGCCGAGUCUGCGACACGUCCUUUCAGGUGUAUGAAUAACACGAUGAAUGUUUGA